AUGACGAACGAAAACAAAACCAAGACUACCAAACCUCUCCCGUUCCCCGACACUCCACGUAGCCAGAAGUCCUUCGGACAGGAUAUCGGCAUCGUACAGCUUAGGAAUCAGAUUGCGAGAGAAAUGGAUUGCGAAUUCAUAACCUGCUCUGUCGAGAACUUCAUGAAAGCCUAUCUCGAUUUUGUCCCUAACGAGAAAGAGACGCAAUACUUUAUUAAGAAGCUCCUAGAGGACAUACCAACGGGACGUGGCGCAGGACCUUACUCACUUCGCAGUGACACAGAGCCGAUACCAUCCGUCUUAACUGGCGACGAGACGAGUUUUGCUUUUCGGGCGUACCCACCCAAGAAAAAAAUAGCAGUGCUGACUGACAACGAAAUCGCUGUCUUUAAAGGGUGGGAAAAGAUUGCUGAAGCCAUUGGCAAUAUCGACUACCCUGGACAGCGAAAACGCAAUAGAUUCAGCUACGUAAGCGUGCCACACAAGUCGAUAGAUUCUCCCAAUCGCGGGUCCAACAACAAGAUCGAUGCCGCAUUUGUCGCAGCCUGGGAUAAGAACAAGCCGCUUCAGACAACAGACAUAGCAGUUGUGAUGGAGCACAAGCUGUCGGAGUCACAGAAACGGCAAAACGCUUUGCAAGCUGUAUCUGCGAAUGUUCAGAUCAUGAACGACGACGUCCGUCGUAUGUUUACUUUUGGGAUCACAGCCGAACAGCGUAAUGUCACGCUGUGGUAUCAUGGUCGAUCACAUUCAGCCGCGUCGCAUACCUUUGACUUCACAGAGAAUCCUAAAUUAUUUAUUCAAGUCCUUAUUGCGUUUUCGUUCGCAACGGAGGAAGAGCUUGGUUACGAUCCAACGGUGACGCUCGAAGGAGACGGGAAUUACACGUUCAAGCUUCCCGAAUCAUUAGGCAGCAAAGACUUUCGUCUCUUUCGUACUUUGGAGCCCUUAUCGCUAUAUCGCUCGAACAACAUCACUGGGCGCAUGGCGCGUGUCUACAAAGUGGUCGAAGUCAGCGAAAGCGGUGAGGUGCUUGGCGAUCCCCUCGUGCUGAAAGACGUGUGGCUCGACAGCUCUGCGGAGACCGAAAAGCAGAUACAAGAAGCCAUUUUUGACGACAUUGAACGAUUCUGGAACAGCACAGAUGAACCAACGGAACUCAAGAUGAUUAAAGAGGCUCACAAGCAAAUCGUUGACGAUGGAAGCUAUAAGAAGUACUUCCUUCAGAUCGUCCUCGACCACAUUGGAAGGGAAACGAAAAUGACAGCAGAGGGAGGCAUCGCAACGCAAAGACUACUCGUCGAGCCUGAACUUCCACCACAUAUCCUUCGGUUCGGAACCGAAAAUGAAGAAUCUCAAUUCUUGAACGACCAAGCGUCCGUUGAUACACAUCCUAUUGCGUCCCAAUUUCCAGAGUCUCCAGUAGUCCCACGCAAAUAUUCACCAAAGAGGCAAUAUCGCGUCCUGUUCAAAGAGGUUUGUAAAACUUCCGGCAGGCUCGCAACCCUUGGAGAAGUUGUCAAUGUGUUAUUACAAAUUCUCACCCCCAUCCAGCUUUUAUUCUGUGCGGGAUGGGUCCAUAGGGACAUCAGUUCUGGAAAUAUACUUGCUUUCAAGAAAAAUUUGGAGAGCAAGGGGCCAUGGCUUGCGAAGCUAUCUGACCUUGAAUAUGCCAAGAAAUUUCCUCUGCAAAACGGCUCAAAGCGUGCUGGAAAUCCAAAGACGGGUACGCCGUACUUCAUGCCUCUAGAGGUGAUGAUGUCGUCUUACCUCUUUUCUUCCGACCACGAUAAGAGAAUAACUGCAAGGGAACAUGGCACACCGUCGUCGUUUCCUGCACAUAAUCCACUUGACAUUGAAGAAGCGCGCUACUUGGAGAGAGGUGCGAAUCUGGAAAGGAAAGCUCAGGAAACACCUGCGAUUGCAGAGACCGGUGUCGCCCAUAAUUUCCAACAUGAUUUAGAAUCAAUAUGGUGGAUUCUUUUCUGGAACAUAUGCUGCCGCCUUGACCCAGAGCAAUCGACACCAUUUCUGCAGAAUUUUGGCAAAGCCAUUUUCAUAAACGAGAUCAAGCCUUCUAAUGCUCGAAUCCAUUGCAUCACCAAAACCUCAUUCGGAGAAUCCAUCAUAGCUAAUGCCCCGAAGUCGAUUUCUUCCUUUGUCUCUUUACUCUUCGUUUUGAGGGAGGAUCUUUACCAGGACUACAUCGAGCGUGGUCGCGAAGGCGCAUACAAUGAUGUCGGAUCGUAUGCCAAAAUCCACGACAGAUUCCUCUUUUUGUUUAAAAUAUUCAACAAGCAGGCGACCGCAGCUCAGGACCUAGGCGCCAGCAGCGGUAGAGACUUGCAUUGGUCCGAGCUUUCUUUAUUGGUGAAGAAUUAUAGCAGUACUGUGGCAGAAGGAUCUGCGGUGGGCGAACCGGAGCGUAAGCGUCCUCGAUCCGAAGAAGACCAUAUCGACUCGAGGGAGGCAGCCAGCGAGGGCAGAACCAAAGCCAAGCAACCAAGGAAGAAGUGA